AUGCACAUCUAUGCUUCUUCUGGUUUGUGGAAAUCGUCCAAAAGAAGUGGAUGGAGAUUUCUUGUUGAUGAAGUAAAAGGAGGUAGAUUACUUACUUUGGACACAAGCAAAACCUUUGACAACCUAAGAGUUAUGGUUUGUGAAGACUUUGGAAUCGAUGUAAACAUGGUCAAUAUCGAGCUCAGUUACUUAGCUUCUGAUUUGGUCAUUGGCAUCGACUCACCACCUGUAUUCAUCACCAAUGAUCGGCAACUCAAAAAAUUUCUCACCUAUGUGAAGAACAAAGCUUCGACGUGGUUAUGUGUGUGUAUUCGAUCUAAGGCCGAGCCUAGCAAUAUCAAAGUCGAUUUGAAUUUGAAUGAAGAAGCUACUGAGUCGCCUAACAGACAGAAAGAGCCUAUGUCGUUUGAAGUUCGAGAAGAAGAUGUUGAGGUGGAUGAAAGUGAUGAUGAUUGCAACCGUGAAAAAGAUAUGAUCAAUGUAAAGGCAAUUCGUUUUUCUCUCCUUGAUGUGGUGAAGAAGGGUCAACAUUUUACUACAAAAAACGCUUUGAAGGCAACAAUGGAAAUAUGUGCAAUGAAACAUAAUUUCGACUACAAGGUUGGCAAAUCGGAUAAAACAGUUUGGUACGUUCGUUGCGCGGAUGAUGAUUGCGGCUGGCGUGUUCGCGCAGAGGGAUUAACAGGUUCUUCAUUUUUUAUCAUCAAAAAGUAUGUACCUGAUCAUUCAUGUUCUCCAUCAUCAAGGAAUCACUCUGUUCGGACAGUUUCAUCAAAAUUAGUUGGUAGUCUCAUUAUGCAUAAGUACGAAAGUGUCAAGGAAGGGCCGAAACCUAAUGAUAUCAUCCAGUUUAUGCGGGAUGAUCAUGGAGUUGAGAUAUCCUACUCUUUAGCUUGGGAUGCACGUGAGUAUGCAGUAAAUGCUGUGAGAGGAAUUCCAGAGAAGGGUUAUAAAAAAAUUCCCAAAUACUUGCAAAUGAUGAAGGAAGCUAAUCCAGGAACACACACAUUUUAUGAAACUGAUACCGAUGGGCGAUUCAGAUUCCUCUUCAUCUCAUAUGGUCAGUCUAUUCGCGGUUUUUAUGCUGGCAUUCGAAAUGUUAUUGUUGUGGAUGAGACUUUUUUGAAGAGCAAAUACAAAGGAGUAUUACUGGUAGCUACUACUUUAGAUGGUAACUCGAACCUAUAUCCUAUUGCAUUUGGAGUUGUCGACUCAGAGAAUGACCGCUCGUGGGAAUGGUUUAUGAGACAACUUAAGGUUGUCAUUGCUGAUGAUCAGAGUUUAGCUUUUGUGUCUGAUAGGAACGCCUCCAUUGCUAAAGCUCUUGCGAAAGUGUAUCCGCAUUCUCAUCAUGGAAUUUGCAUUCACCACUUGCUGAACAAUGUUGUAACAUAUUUCAAGGGUAAAGGUGUCGCUGGUUUGGUUGCAAAGGCUUCUAAAGCUUAUCGAGUAGCUGACUUUAAGAAGAUUUUCACUGCUAUUUUUGGAAUUAGUCCUGAAAUUGGAAACUAUCUAAUAGAAGCUGAUGUGAGUAAGUGGGCUCGCUGUCAAUUUCCGGGUUACAGGUAUGAUGUUAGGACCAGCAUCUGGAAGGAAUCCCUCCAUUGUUAA